GCAACUCCGUUGCCGUUGCCCGGCAACGUAGCAACAGACUUUACAGAGCCGUAUCCAGACGAUAGGACUUUAAUUCCAUCUGGUGAGCAGGUAACAAACAGGAAAUGUUGGGAGAAAACGGAGCUUCUGUUAGUGAACAGACUGAAAGCACACGGACAUCUUUACAGGAAAACAUUGAAGAAUGUGAUACCAAGCACUCAGCAAUGCAGCAGGAGGCUGGGAGCCAAUCAAAAAAGCAACUCCCUGCAGACAUGUACUACAAAUAUGAAGAGCUUCACUCCAGACCGUACAUCACACCCGAUUCUGAAAUCCCAGAGAACCUCCUGCAUCUCUCUCACUCCUUUGGCUAUGACUGUGGACGCAGGGCAAACCUGAAGCUGCUGGAUGACAGAACUCUGAUUUUUAUAGCGGGGAACAUGCUCGUCCUGCUCGAUGUGAACACCAAGGAGCAGAGAUACCUGCGCUCCUGCAGUGGAGGGGGAAUCGGAGCAAUCACGGCCCACCCUGGCAAGGAGUACUUCGUUGUAGCAGAGAAGGGAAAACAGCCUAACAUCAUAGUCUAUGAAUAUCCUUCAUUGCGACCUUACCGCAUCCUCAGAGGUGGUACCGAGCGGGAGUACAGUUUUGUGGAGUUUAACCACAACGGAAGCAUGCUGGCCAGUGUGGGGAGUGCACCCGACUACACACUGACACUGUGGGACUGGAGGCAGGAGGAGGUGAUGCUGAGCUGCAAAGCCAUUUCACAGGAGGUCUAUCGAGUCAGCUUCUCCCCAUACAACCCAGGAAUGCUCACAACGUCUGGAUUUGGGCACAUCAAGUUUUGGAAAAUGGCAAACACAUUCACAGGUCCUAAAUUACAAGGACUUAUAGGACAUUUUGGGAAAACUGUACCAACUGAUAUCGAGGGCUACGUGGAACUUCCUGAUGGAAAGGUGUUGUCAGGAACAGAUUGGGGCAAUUUGCUGCUGUGGGAUGGGAACACCAUCAAAGUGGAGAUUUGCCGUAAUGAUGGCCGAACCUGUCAUGCAGGGACGGUCCAGCCAUUUUCCCUAGAAGAUGGACAGCUGAUGACGAUUGGCUUUGAUGGUGUUGUCAGGGUUUGGGACUUUGAGAGGAUCAACACAGCUGACAGUAACAGCGACGGCAGUAGAUUUGAGAUGGAGCCCAAUAAUGAGCUGGUGGUCGGACGCAAUGUGUGCCUCUCCUCUGUGGUGAGGAGCUCCCUGCCUCACUCCUUUGUUUGGUUUGCCCAGGAUUCUAAUGGAGCCAUCUGGAAACUGGACCUUUCAUUCACCAACACAAGUCCUGAUCCAGAGUGCCUGUUUUCUUUCCAUGCUGGGAUGAUUCAAGGCCUGGACGUAUCAAAGAAAUCCUACCUGAUGGCAACAACCACUCUGGACUGCUCUGUCAAAGUUUUUGACUUCUUGGGAAAACGAGAACUGACCACCAGACGCUUUAAUCAGGGAGGAACUGCUCUCUGCUGGGCUCCACCUGUGGUGAACCAGAGUGGAGGUUUACUGGUGACCGGCUUUGAGAAUGGAGUAGUACGCUUGCUGGAGCUGUACAACCCACAGAGGCUGCAAACAAUCACAGGACAGAGCCCCGAAGGAGAUGCCGAGCUACGCCUCAGACAGCCCUUCAAACCACAUGAUGCUGCUGUUACAGCUGUGGCAUAUGAACGAAACGGAGAGAUCCUGGCCACAGGAAGUGCUGACUGCACUGUGUUCUUCUUCACUGUUGGAGAGAACUACAACCCCAUUGGUUUUAUCCACGUCCCUGGGCCAGUACAGGCGCUGGAGUGGUCACCGCAUUCUCACAGUGAUAACAAUCUGCUUAUCCUGUGUCAGAGUGGUCAUGUGGUUGAGGUGCGCAGUCCUGAUCCAGCAACUCAGAAACCAACCAACACCUUUCAUCUGUCAGAGCUGCCCAGAAGAUCCUUCAAGUUUAAAAGCAUCAAGUCUCGAAUCAAGAGAGAGGAGGAUACUGCAAGAAAUAAAGCUAUAAAGGAGAAGAAGAAGAAAGUGAAAGAAGAAUGGUUAAAGGAUACAAAACAGCCAGAUGCAGAGCAAGAAGAAGAAAAAGAGGAGGAGAAGGAAGAAUUACCUAUUAUCUAUAUCCCUGAUCCACCAAGUCCUCUCUGCUGUGGCUUCUAUUCACAGCCUGGCCACUUCUGGCUCUCCAUGGGAGGCUUUGACUCAGGCUUCUUAUAUCACUGCAAAUUCUCUGAGAAUCAAGAUGAGGAUCCUGAGCAGCGCCAGGAUGAACCAUUCAGCUUUCUGCCUGUACAUAAUGCAGAGGAUGACCCCAUCUGUUCCAUCACCUUCAGCUCCAACAGACAGCUGCUUCUCUGCGGCAUGAACUCGGGCUCCAUCAGGAUUUAUCCCCUGCAGCCUGGUGACCACAGCCUCACCUCCAUGCAGGCUUACUGGACACUCAGCAUCCACGACAACCAGUAUGGACACCUGCGACACAUCCGCUGCAGCCACGACGACCUGUUUGUGCUGACAGCGGGAGAUGACGGGAACAUCUUCUCCUUCAGCUUGCUUCCUCCGGAGGAGAUGCAACAAAGCCUGCAGAGAAACAGAGCCAAGAUUCCAUCACCCAAGAUAACUCUUGGGAAUGAGACUGAGGAUAUUGAAGACCCAGCAGCCUACAGCUUAGAGAAGGCUAAGCAAAAGCUGCAAAAUGACCAACUGCAACAGGAGGUUGAGCUAAAGGUUUCUGAAAAGCAGAAGAACCUGAGUGAACUCCAGAAGAAAUUUAAGAAAGUGCUGAACAACAACCAGAAUCUGCCAGAGCACAUUCGCCUGAAACCUGAGGAGCUGCAGCUGGACCAGCGAUGUUACAAACAGGCAGAGAGGCUGAAGGCCCAGCGGGUGAUGGAGGUCAGGAAGCAUCUAGCCUGGGAGCAGGAGCGCUGCAGCAUAGCACUCAAAAAGCUACAAGACUGGUUCAGGGACUCUCUUGGUGGAAAAAUGGUCACUGUGGUUGCCAUCCAGACCAGCCACAGAGUCUCCACUUACCAUUUACCGGAGCUUGCCGAGCUUUCAGCUCGGGUCAGGCAUCGGAGCACAACAAGAGAGCCUGCAGGAGACAGAGAUGCUGCAGUAGAUUGUAGGAAAGUCAGAGCACAGACUGCAAAAGGCAGCAGCAAAAUUGACGAGGAGGAGGUGUUACGCCACCCAGUGAUUCGUACAGCAAAGAUCAAGCUGGGAGAUCGUCAGGAAGAGAGACUUCGAAAGGCUGCAGAGAAAGCCGAGCAAGCUCGAGCCAAAAUAGAAAAGAAGAAGCAGGAAUGGGCACAAAUUUAUGCAGAGAAACCAAGUGAGGACUAUGAGGAUCCGAAGGACGUGGAAGCCAUCCGUGAAGCCAAAGAGAACAUCGGGGACUAUAUCGGGGUGAAACACCGGAGGGUGAAUGCUGAGAUGAAGAGAGAAGAACUGAUUUCCUUGGAGGAAAAUAUGCAUGAAAAGCAGAGUGAGGUGAACAGACGGAUUGUGGCAUUGCGGGACUCCAAACUUGGUCUGGUGUCUUGGUUGCACACUCGGGCUCAGCGGCUGGAGAAGGUCCAGCAGCGCCUGGCGGUUCAUCUUCGCCGGCCUCCACCCAUCCUGCCCAACAUGUUACCAGAGGAAGUGCCAGAGGAGAAGCUGCGGUGCAGCCACUCCACCUUGGAGCGAUACCGGUCACUGAGGGAGCAGAGGUUUAAGGAUUUGGAGCAGGAGGGAGCAGCGAGUUUGUUGGAGCAGCUGGAGAAAGAAAUGGAGGAGGAGAAAAAGGAAGAAGAGCAGAGGAGUGAUGAAAAAGAAACUCCCAGAUUGUCUGUGUCAUCUGUAACCAACGAAGGAUCUGAACUGAGCGAGCUGGAGGAGGAGCUGCAGAAGGAGGAGGAGAUCAGACUGCUGCAUGAGCAGAACACUCUGCUGGAGGAGAUGGAGACUGCGGUUUGUCAGUUUGACGCGGAGCUGCUGCUGCUGUGUCGACAGAAGCUGCAUCUGGACUGGCGGCUGAAGCUGGCUGACCUCCGCCUGGUGACGCUCUUCCAGGAGAUGCUGCUCCUCAAACAAUUUCAGAGGAGAGAGGGAGGCUUACAUGAGAAGCUCAACACCUGCAUUACGGAGGAGAACAGCAUCACAUCAAAGCUGGAAGAGUGUAAUGAACAGCUGGAGAUGAAGAGGAGAGACAUAGCCAAGCUGCAGGAGAGGGAGAAGGCUCUGACUGCUGCCUUCCAGGCUUCGCUCGGGGAAAACAAUAAAUAUGAAGAGUUUCUGACCAAAGUCUUCAAGAAGAAGAUCAAACGCGUGAAGAUGAAGGAGCAGACGGGAAAUGAAGAUGAAGAGGACAGUGAUGGAGACUCUGAAGAAGACGAUGACUGGGAUGAUGAUUAUGACAGUGAAGAAGGAGGAGCUGCUGUGAAUGACAGUAUUUGCCCUGAAGGCUGUGAACCUGAGCUGUUUGAGAACACACUGCAGCUGCGUGAACGUCGACUGGACCUGGAGGAACUGUUAACAGAGGAGAAAAAGAGCGCUGAAGCUCUGAAGAAGGAGAGCGACAGCCUCGCAAAGAAGGAGAAAUCGGUGAAGAGCAGCCGGGCUGCACUAGAAGAUGACUUGGAUUUAAUCAACAGGGAGAAACUGCAGAAAAUCAGUGAACUGGAUGUGGUGGUUCCUCUGAGACUGCACCAGAUUGAGUAUGUUGUUAAUGGCUCAGUGCCGUCAGAUCUGAGCGAGGCGUUGGUGCUGGACAAGAGUGAGCUGGACAGGCUGAAGGGGCGCAUCCAGCAACUGCAGGGGGAAAAGCUCUAUCAGAGAGAUCUGCACCGUCAAGCUCGCCAGCAGCACACCAAGCUCAUCCACGACCGCAGAAGCAUGGCUGCCACUAUCCAGACACUGGAGCAGCAAUGCAACGAGCUGAUGAGGACAAAGUUUGGGAGGCUCGUGGAUUUGGAAGCUUUGCAGAUGCUGUCGGGGAACAGGAGGCUGGAGGAGCUAAAGCAGGAAAAACUCCUCAAAGAAGCCGCUUAUGCCAAGGAGAUCAAACAGUGGGAUGCCAAGGUAGAAGAGGCACGUCAGGCUUUGAUGGAGGUGACCACGUGUAAUACGGAGCAUCUCCGCAGCGCAACGAGCCUGAAUGAACAGAAGAAGGAUCUACAGGUUAAACUCAGCACCAGCCAAAAGAAAAUGGGCAGACAACAGUUCCAGGACUACAGGAGACGCACAGACCAGGAGGCGAUCCAGAAUCUCCAAGACCUGGUGAUAAGGCAGUCUCAUCAAGCUGAAGCCCUCAGGAGAGAGAUCCACCUCCUUUCGUGCAAAGGGGGUCACAUGUUGCCCCCUGAUCACACCAGACUGCCACCACUUUCCCCCUUGCGCACCCACAUAGGCAGCAUCAACACUGGAAAAUAAAGAAUGUCCACAUAGCGCAGCUGAACAGAGUACGAAAUAUACAUGCACCCAUUUAUAUCAUGAACACUUUGCACACCAAUAAGGCUUAAGAAUCAUGGACUGUUGCUUUUCAGUGACCCCCAUCACCUUUUCUCUACUGCUGCUUUCAGAUAUUAACACACUUAAAGAAACAUAAAACAAAUAAGCACCCAGUACAGGGACACUUAUUUAAUGAGAUAUGAUUAGAAACAUAAAUGAAGUUAUGAAAUAUGCAGUAUUUCUGUAUUUUGAUCCCACAACACUACAACCAGAUGAAUAGAAUCAACUUUUUGGGACUUCCUUACCUGCAUGUUUGAGCAUGCAUCAAGACUUCCCACAAAUUACUGUACUUAGUCAAAGAAAUGAUCAUAGAAACAUAACAAACAUCAUCAUGAUUAGUGUAGCUUCCAUCCACUCACACCAGCUGUUAAAUAACUCCAGUCUAUUUGAGGUCAGACAGCUUAGCAGUGGAUCCCAUAUCUAGUCCGAGUCCGGCACAGAGGGGCUGAGUGAAUGUGGUCUGGACUCUGUGGAGGAGAGUCAUGGUGCCAGAGACGCUGUAGAAGGACAGAAUCCCUGCUCUGUGAUCCAGGUACACUCCUACUCUGGACGGCCGGCAGACUGAAAUGGGAGUCUUUAUUUUGUUAUGUUUGAAAAAGCAUCUUUGGUUGACAUAUUGCAAAGCCCAGGAUUUGUCAUUGUGUCCGAAUUCACUUUCAUCUUGCUGCUUCCUGCUGAUAUCCCGGUAUGUGACUGCCACUGUAACCCCUCCUCCGCUCCACUCCACCUCCCAGUAACAACGUCCAGUCAGAGUCUCUCUGCUCAGCACCUGAAACCUGUUAGUGAAAGCAUGCGAUUCUGGUUUGUUGGCAUAUAAAUCCACUGCCAGUGCCACUGCCGCUAGCAAAGUGGGCAUUCCUGUUGCUUUCCUGUUCCCUUCAGACAAUAUCAAUAAUGAGUUUGCCGUGCUCUGAUCCAGUGUGAGCUGACAGGAAUACUGUAAGAAUGUAGCUCUUGUUUUGGGAUCUGGUUGUGGCAGUAAAACAUCCACUUCACUCACUGUCAGUGAGAUGUUGGCAUAAACAUCACUAAAAAUUUCCUGCAUUUUAUCCCUGGCUUUUGCCACAGCUGCUGUCACAUCCUCAAAGUAGCGCAGAGGACGGAUGUUGAUGCUCGGUGAAUCUGUCCAUUCGCUGAUGUGUGACAGUGAGGUGUAAGUGCAGAGAAACUGUGUGUGGUCCUCCGUGUGGAAAAGCUGCUCCAGCUCAGUGUUUCGCCGCCUCAGCUCAGAGAUCUCCUGCUGCAGCUUCUCCUGAAGCUCUUUAACCCGACUGACCUCAGUUUUUUGCUGAAGUCUGAUCUGCUGGGUCACAUCAGAGCUUCUUUUCUCAAUCGUUUUAAUCAGUUCAGUGAAAAUCUUCUCACUGCACCUCACAGCUUUAUCAGCAGAGUGAUUAAUGGCCUCCACCUCCUGCUGAAACACUCUCUUGGCUUCCUCUCUCUCCUGGAUUCUCCGCUGGAGUUUUUCAUGACUUGCCCCGAGUGCUUUCUGCCUCUCUUUCCUUUCUGCUUCAGCGGAGACAGUGCAGUGACCUUUAUGCUCAUCCAUGGAGCACAGAUAACAAAUGGACUGUUGAUCAGUGCGGCAGAAUAUCUUCAUCACCUCAUUGUGGCGAGGGCAGAUAAUUCUCAUCUGGGAGGGGUCUACCAGCUGGUGUUUUUUGAAGGCAGGAGACUCAUAGUGAGGCUGGAGGUGCUGCUCACAGUACGAGACCAGACACUGCAGACACGACUUGACAGCUUUCAUUUUUUCCCCAAUGCAAAAAUCACAGGCCACAUCUUUAGAUCCAGCA